AUGGCAGCCUCCUCGUCCUCAAACCCCAACCGGUUCUCCUUCCGCAACCCGUUCCAAUUCUUGAUUUCCUCUUCCUCUUCUUCGACAGACAACGACAGCGCCAACAAGAAGGAAAGCAGCAGCAACAGCCGACCAACCAGCAGAAGACUAAGCAGACCCAGCUCCCCUAUUUCCUCAAGCUUCUGGUCAUCCCUCUACCGAAAAACAUCCUCUACCUCAACCAACACCGCAAUGUCCACCACCACCACCCCCUCCGCCGUGUCGGACACCACCACCGCCGCCACCACCACCACCACCACCCCACCAACCCUCUCCUCCUCCCCCGCCACCUCAACAGACAGCUACUUUCCCCCCGUCACCACUCCUCCCACCCCCACCGACAACAACAACAACAACAACAACAAUAACAACAACAACCUCAAGCCUGCUGCUACCCUCACCCAAUGCCACAAUUGCGGCUCAACCACCUCCCUCGCCAUUCCUACCGCCACUCCCCCCGCUGCACCAAAGAGGACAGCCACAACCCCCAUAAUUCACGUCCAACCCCCCGUCCCGGGCCGCAAGCAAAUCAGAGUCGACCCCCUCUCUACCCAAUUCCCCAAGCCGGCCGCCGAGUUGAGCGUGGAGGAGCUCCUGGCCAGGAAGCCAGGCCGGUGGACGCUGACGCAGUGGGUGGAGAAGCAAAAGCUGGUUGAUCAGCAAGAGGAGGAGAGGGAGAGGAGAAAGGUGCAGGAGGAUGCUGAGAAGAGGAGGAGGGAGAUGGAGGAGGUGAAGAGGGAGUUGAGGGCUUUGGCUAGUGGGUUGUGA